AUACAUGAUAAAUACCAUAAACCAGAAGAACAGGGCAAAGUCCUCCAGACAGCACGCUUCUCCCAUGAGGCCCCCGUGUGCGCCUCCAGCCCACUCACUCGCAGAGGGUCCCACCCUUCAUCCUUCUCACUCCUUCCCUCACAGGCAGCUUCGAAGCCAGCUCAGCCUCCUGGUCAUUGCCCAGAUGCUGGACCAGCAAGAGACGCUUCCUCUCUGGCAAGAGAAGGCCCAGCUGUUUUUGCUCAGCCAGCUCCUGAGUCUCAUGAGGCCAUCAUCUCUCAGGCAGCAUCUGGGCUCUGUGACCUUGCCACCCGGCCAGGAGCAACAGCCAAAGGCCAGUGCUGAGCUAGACCACAAGGCCUGCUACCUAUGCCACAGCCUGCUGACGCUGGCCGGGGUGGUGGUCAGCUGCCAGGACAUUACUCCAGACCAGUGGGGGGAGCUGCAGCUGCUGUGCAUGCAACUGGACCGUCACAUCAGCACCCAUAUCCGGGAGAGCCCCCAAGCCAUGCACCGGACCAGACUCAAGGACCUGGCAGCCCAGACCUAUAUUCGCUGGCAGGAGCUGCUGGCCCACUGCCAGCCCCAGGCCCAGUACUUCAGCCCCUGGAAAGACUAAAAGAGCAGGGCACAGCUGGUCCCCAGCUCUUGGCUCUGGCUGGAAGUGAAUGGGGCUCAAGCAACAGGAGGAAGCGAAGAACAGAGGCCAGAGGAGGGCCAGUAUGAUGAAGUGAGAGCCUGCUUCCACACUGCCCCUGACCCCCACCGGGCAAUGGAUAUGUCUCCCUCCCUGCUCCUCCGCCCUCCUUCCCUCCCAGCUUUCUCCUCUGCCCCAAGGCCUUUGUCUCCACUCUCCUGUUUCCCAGGGCCUCCUGGGCCCUCCCCACCAUCCUUCUUCUCUCUGUCACUAAUGUGA